GCACAACCCCUCUGCAAAACCCUUUCCUCUCUUUCUUCACGUAUUUACCGGCGACGGCAGUGGACUGAAACGGCACUACUAAACUAUGACGAGGCCGAGGACGAACUGAACUUCGAUAUCGCCGGAUUCGUAACCGGAUUCCAACUAGAAACCGGAUUCGUGGCUGACAUUCCGUCAAUCUCUUCUGCUCCCGGUGAAUCUCCGUCACCGAUUGAAACGGUUGAAACGGCGCAACUAAACUAUGACGAGGCCGGCGACGAACUAAACUCCUGUGAUAUCAUCGGAUUCCAACCAGAAACUAGCUCGGAUCCGUGACUGACAUUCCCUCAAUCUCUUUCGCUCCCGGUGAAUCUCCGUCACCCGCUUCCGAGUAGAGUCUUCACUAUUAAGGUUGGGGCAUAGUCAAUGCACCUGCUCUGGAGAAACUUUCUGACUUAUAUUUAAUAUAAGCAAUUCUCAGCCGAGUCUCCUUUUUUCAAUCCCAUCGCGCAAUUAGCUUGACAUAAAAUACCAGAAACUAAUACUAUAGGGAGGGGUGGGAUAUAAGCCCGUCCUCUGUCUCGGCGCUUUCAAUGACUCUUUUGGGAGUAGGAUCUGUUGAAAAAAAAAAAAUGAGUAAAUUUUAUGAGUCGGUUUUUGUGGGUUGUUUUCUAGUCAGGCAGAAUAGCAACACUCUAUUCUAAUAAAGAAGAUAAAAUUUCUCAAGAAAUUUAAGUCGGUUUGUUGCUUAAGGUGUAGGCUGUUAAGUCGGUUUGUGACUUUCACGCUAUUAAGUCGGUUUGUGGCUUAAUUUUUACGCUCUUAAAGUCGGUUGAUGGCCUUCUGAAAGCCUUGUGGGAUACAGGCCGAUCACUCGUCCCGUUUGAAAGCUGUUUGGGUGUCACUGCCUCCCAAGUGUAAGUACAAAACACAGUUUCAGUAUCUCUGCUCUCAGGCUCAUUCAAACACGCGAGAUUCAUUUCGAUUCGUUGCUUGAAGAUUCAUUUCGAAACGCCAAAAUGGAAGAGUCUCUGCGAAAUCGUAGAUACGAAAAGCUUCCAUCAAUCGAAGAGUUUGCACGGAUUGAAUCUCAAAACGUCCCCGCUGUCUUUACUGGAUGCAUCAAGAACUGGAAAGCUUUCUCCAAUUGGAAUCCUUCUAAUGGCGGCCUCGACUAUCUGCAGGAACGAGUAGGUUCAUCAAUCGUGGAAGCUAUGCUGUCCAGAUCUGCACCUGUCUUCUAUGGUGAUAUUAGAAGCCAUGAGAGGGUUCCAUUGCCAUUUUCUACGUUUAUUGGUCAUUGUAAGGAACACUUCCAAAACACAGAAGGGGGUCAUGGCCUUCCUUUUGAAUCCGAAAGCGAUGCACUGGCAGGGUGUGAAACAAAUCAAGGUCAUCUGCACAUUGGAGAUGGUCCUCAACAAAUUUAUCUAGCACAGGUACCAAUUAUGAGUAUUGAGAAUGAAGAAAUGGUUCAAUUGGGAACUCUGAGAGAAGAUACCCAAACGCCUGCAUUUUUGGAGGCAAAAGAUCUGGCUUCUAUUAAUUUGUGGAUGAACAAUGGUCAGACUAGAUCAAGCACCCACUAUGAUCCACACCAUAACAUUUUAUGUAUAGUUUCUGGCCGCAAACAAGUUGUUUUAUGGCCACCUUCUGCAAGUUCCUUCUUGUAUCCAAUGCCUUUAUAUGGGGAGGCUUCAAACCAUAGUUCUGUCGCUUUAGAAAACCCUGAUUUUUCUAUCCAUCCAAGAGCAGAACGAUCAAUGGAGUACUCCCAGAAGGUUAUUCUUUGUGCAGGUGAUGCACUCUUCAUUCCUGAAGGCUGGUUCCACCAAGUGGAUAGUGAUGAUUUGACCAUUGCUGUUAACUUCUGGUGGCGGUCUAACAUGAUGUCUGGAAUGUCAGAACACAUGGAUGCUUAUUAUUUGCGCAGAAUAUUGAGAAGAUUGAUCGAUAAAGAGAUGAACCACAUGCUGCCUGAGACUACUAUUCGUUUUGGGAAAUUGGAAAAGCAUGCAUUAGAGCAGCCCAGCAAUGGAAAAACAGAUCAUGGGCAUAAUUUUGAUCAGAACUGUAGUAGUGAUGGUCCAGAUGGGUGUAAGCUAAAGCAGAGAAUCAUGUUAAAUGAAAUGGAACCUCUUGCACUUCAGGCUCUCCAUCAACUUGUUGCUGCAGUCCAUGAACAUGUUGAUAUUGCUGAUCAAAGUCGAGCGGUCGAUUCUAAUGAAUUAGUAGUUGGAGGUGCAGGUCAGAACAGGCAAAAUAUAAAAGAGAAUUUAUUGCACUUGGAAGAUGAUCCGGUUGCUAACAUCCUUUGGACCCUCAGGCCACUUACCCUUCAGAAUGUUUUUCUUGCCAUGGUGCACAACUUCCCGAGAACUUUGGAGGCUUUAAUAUCGCACUUGCUUUCACCAGUGGGGGCAGAAGUUCUUACGCGGAAAUUUGAGGAGAUGGAUCAACUUACUGAUGAACAAGAUAGGAAUGAAUUUUACCAGGCCUUUUAUGGUGUGUUUGAUGACCAAUUUACUGCAAUGGAUGCAAUUUUGAAUCGGAAAGAGUCAUUUGCGCUUCAGGCGUUCAAAAAUGUGUUGGAUCAGUAUUUGGGAAUUAAUAUUGAUGGGCCUAGACCGUCACUUAGAUGAGACAUUGAUUGACAUAGACUUCUCCAAAGUUGUUGGUCCCCCAGUAGCUUCAGAGUGCGAAUCAGUUCAGAUUCACAGCAGACCCUUUUUCCUGAUUGGUAUUCAUACAUGUGUCUUUCACUGUCUUGUUAACUUUUAAAAUUGCUUUUAUUUGUUCAGGCUACGUCAUCAUGAUUUUUGUAUGCCGUUAAUGUAUGGUUUAAAAUUAGUAGUAUUUGUCAAUUUGUUCAUGCUUGUAUAAGUUGUGUGCUGUACAACUUGCUGAUCCACAGAACAAGAAUUUACGUAAAUCAGGCUGUAUUUUCUACUUGCAUGGUAAGAGGGAGAGGUUUACGUCUUUUGGAUGUGAAUAAUAUAUAUUCAGAUUUUUAUUUA